CACAAUGGAAAACCAAUGGUUCAUUCUCUGGGUGGCUUUGUCUUCACAAAUCGUAUUAGCAGAUGCUGUUAUCCAUCAGAAUGCCAUUGAAAUCUACAGCCUGAACAUUGACUGCAGAGUCACGUCACGGUAUGCCCGCACGGUCAUCACCAGCAGAGUUGUCAACAGGGCAAAUGAAUCUAAGGAGGCUCUUUUUGAAGUAGAGCUACCCAAGAAAGCCUUCAUCACCAACUUCAACAUGACCAUAGAUGGAAAGACAUAUCCUGGAAUAAUCAAGGAGAAAAUGGCUGCCCAAGCUCAGUAUGAUUCUGCCGUUUCACGAGGUCAAAGUGCUGGAUUGGUCAAAUCGGCUGGAAGAAAAUUGGAAAAGUUUAGUGUCUCAGUUAAUGUUGCAGCAGCAGGUAAAGUUACCUUUGCGUUGGAGUAUGAGCAAUUACUUGAUCGAAAGCUAGGGAAGUAUGAAUUGAUCAUCAAGGUCAAGCCCAAACAGCUGGUGAAACACUUUCAGAUUGAUACUCACAUCUUUGAGCCACAAGGUAUAUCCUUCUUAGAAACAGAAAGCACCUUCAUGAGCAAUGAAAUGAAUGAUGCUCUCAUAAAGACACAGGAGGAGACCAAGGCUCAUAUUUCAUUUAAACCAACCUUAAGUCAACAAAGGAAAAGCCCUGAGCUGGAAGAGACUCUUCUAGAUGGAGAUUUCCUCAUACGUUAUGAUGUUAAAAGGAAUGUUGCCAUGGGAGACAUACAGAUUGUGAACGGUUAUUUUGUCCAUUAUUUUGCACCCAGUGAAAUGCCAUCAUUUCCCAAAAAUAUCAUCUUUGUUAUAGAUAAAAGUGGAUCUAUGAUUGGCAAUAAAAUUCAGCAGACAAAAGCGGCCUUGGGAAAGAUUUUGGAAGACCUGAAUCCUGAAGACCAUUUUAAUUUAGUUGUCUUUAGUAGUAUCAUUUCAAAGUGGCACCCCACUUUGUUGCAAGCCAAAAAGGAGAAUGUGGAAUCAGCUAAACAGUAUGUUCAGGCCAUUGAUGCUCUAGGAGCAACGGAUAUUAAUGAAGCUCUUUUGACAGCCAUUAAUUCUCUGGAUGAAGCCAGCCGUACAGAGUUAUUGCCAGAAAAAAGUAUUUCAAUGAUCAUUUUGCUGACAGAUGGUCAACCCACUGUUGGUAUAACAGACACUAAAAAAAUACAAGAAAACAUAAAGAAAGCCAAUCAAGAAAAAUAUUUCCUCUACUGCCUUGGCUUUGGAUUUGAUGUAAGCUAUAAUUUUCUGGAGAAGAUGGCCUUAAACAACUGGGGAAUUGCUCGACGUAUAUAUGAGGACUCAGAUGCAGCCCUUCAGCUCCAGGGCUUUUAUAAUGAAGUGGCUAUUCCCAUCCUGAAGGAGGUUAAAAUGAAUUAUCUCGGCAAUGCUAUAGUGGAAGUUACUCAGAAUAAUUUCAAGUUGCUGUAUGAUGGCUCUGAAAUUGUAGUUGCUGGAAAACUUAACAGUGAAAAUGAUACUUUUUCCUUGGAAGUAAAAGCUGAGGCACACGGAAGCAACUUGACCCUGAGAGAAAAUGCUAAUGUCACAGAAAAAGCACAAGUGUUUGAGCAUCAGAAAUACAUAUUUGGAAAUUUCAUUGAAAGAUUAUGGGCCUACUUAACAAUUCGACAACUAUUAGAGAAGUCCAUUUUGGCUGAAGCAGCACAGCAAAAAAAUCUGGAAAGGCAAGCAUUAAACCUCUCCCUGAAGUACAGCUUUGUAACACCCAUGACUUCCAUGGUGGUCACUAAGCCAGAGGCUGAGGAAGUGGCUAACAAACCAACAGAAGCAGAUAAUGAGCAUUUCCAGGGAUAUGGAAUGAGAGGUCUACCCACUGGUAUGCAGCCGAUUUCUUCCCCUGGAGCCUCUAGAAAUAUUCCUGCAUAUGACAGCCAUCUUUUCCAUUCAUCUGCAGUCCCAGAACGUUUAACCUCAAUCUCAGCAUCGCGCCAAGUUGCCAAGACGCCAAACGUACAUUUCGAAAGGAAUUUCCAAUCAAGAACUCGUGAAAGCAGGACUUCAUAUCCCCAUUUCCUUUUGCAACUGUCUAGUGAAAAUGUUUCAGUUUGUUUAACUAUUAAUGGACAGUCACAAACACCCUUAAAUCUGCUGUCUGAUCCAAAGAAAGGGAUCCAGGUGACUGGCAAGCUUGGUGAAAACAUGCACUUUACAGAGUUUGAAAUAACCUAUCCAAGGCUUAACGUGACAGUAAAGGUGUCAACAGAACGAAUUAUACUGAAGAGUAAUGGCUCUAUACACUCUUUUGUGUGGACAAUAACAGAAUCUUUAACACUUGAAGGGCUAAAAAUUAUACUUACGAAUGGAGAAAGUCUUUUUCUGUCAGGACCAGACAACAUUGCAACCAAAAUUUUCUAUAUACCUUCCCCACUUGAUUGCCUUGGAUUGUACUUUGAGAAUAGUGAUGAUUUUUCUAACCAAGUUACUGGACUUCUUGGUCAGUUUUUCUCUAAUACCCAUUUUGAAGGACAUUCUGGCCGAAGGAGAAACAUUAACGUGCAGGGAAAGCUCCAUAGGGCCAUUAGGACACAUAAGAAGGAUUAUAGAACUGGACUGAAUAAAACUGAAGUUACCUGCUGGUCACUGGAAAUAAAUUCUUAAAAAAAAAAAGAUUGUUAUUGUUUACUGUCCAUGAUGUUAUUAAAUGGCAUAAAGUCCCCCACAUCUUUUUCAGUUUAACUUUGUUUAAUUAGAUUAUGGGCAUAAGAGUUAGUGGUCACACAGGUUGAAUGAAAUUGUUAGUGCCAUUAAAACUCGGUACAUCAUGGAAACCUAAAUACAAAGAACUUACUUUGUUUUCUAAGGAAAAUAAACCUAUUCUUGUCCUUACUAA